AUGGCUGUUUGGCUCCACAGCUUGAGUGAUGCGCGCGCCUUGUUUUUAGAGUCGGCGUUUGCCUUCAUGGGAAGGUGGCGAAAUAAAGCCUCCCAGAAGGACAGGAAUGAUAGGAACGUGAAGGAGAGCUCCGGCCUUGAAUGCCUGGAUGGAGACUGUGCCGCAUGGGUUUCGAGGAUCAGCAUCGACCCUGCUCUGGCGCUGUUGACGAUUAGCAUGUCAAAGAUUGGACUAUCAGACGCUGACAUGGAACGCUGGUGCGCUUGGUUUCGAAACUACCUGCCUCGCCGCAAGGGCAGCGGCAAGCUGCAGUUCGGGCAAGUCGACUUUGCUGAGAACAGGUUGACCGCCGCUGGCAUCGGCCAACUUUUUUCGACGCUGGCUGAUUUGCAGAUCCCAGUUCAAGUGCUGAAGCUUCACCACAACAGAAUCGCAGAAGGCUCCAGCGUCGCAGCAUAUUUGCAGCUGAGUGGGCUACACGAGCUGCACCUCUCCCACAAUGAGCUGGACGCAGAGGCAUCUGCCAGCAUUGUUGCCGCCGCAGUGAGGGCCAGAGACAGCUUCGGCGCUUUGUCCUACCCGAGACGGGUCGGAAAAGGACACCUGGCCCCUCUGUGGGUGCGGCUGGAGCAAAACUUCAUCGAUCACGGAGCCUUCGCGAAGAUCUUGGAAGCCAAGCUGGGCGACCGGGGCAUGCGAACCUAUUGCGACGCGCGCAGCAAAUGGUGUACGCCGCACAGCUGCGUUCAGCAGGCAGCUCUCUCAGUGCACUUGAAGAAUCUGGUGCAGCAGCGGCGUCCCCCAGGGGGCAGAUCCGACUCUUUGGAUUCCACGGGACCGUGGCAAAUAGAUGGCCCGGAAGUCGCGCAGAUCCUUCGCUUUGACUGGGAGAAGGGAGCUUGGGUACCUGACGUCAUAGAAGUUCUUCCACCAGAGCUGGGAGAAACUGACGAUUUGUCACAGGGGCUCAAGGCGCUCAUUGGCAUGGGCAGCGUGCCAGGCCGCGAUGCGGAGAACACUCGGGUUCUCAGCCAGGAGGUUGGUCAGACCAUCGGGGCCGAUCUCCUGCGAUCGCUGCGCGGGGGGCGGGGCCAAGCUCAGACCGUCGAAAGGGCCGUCGAGGUCAAGGAGGUCGAGACCAAAGCCGUGGAAGCAAAGGCUGCAAAGGCUGCAAAGGCUGCAAAGGCUGACGACGCCGACAGUGCACUGCGGAUCGAGGCACCGGAAUUCCAGCCUGGAGCCAGGUGUUUUCUGUCAGAUGCCUGCAAAGAGCCGCCAGAAGACUUGCCCAUCGAAGAACUCUGGGCAAGUACUAAUACUUCUGCUGGUGCAUCCGAUGCCACAGAGAAUUCGGAAGCCACCGGUGCAGAUGUUGCAGAGUCUCCGAAUCCAACCCCAGACAGUUUGUCCUGCGAGUGCAAUUCUGCAAACCCUGGGUCUGCAGAGAAGGAGGAUGAGGAGACAGGCACUGAGUCCGAGUGGACUGCCGUAUCCAAUCCAGAUGUGGAUACGCAUGAGGAGCACGGCCAACAGAUUCGGAAAUAUGCCGCUCAACAGCGAGAUCGGCCGGAACGCGUUGCGCACGUGCAUGAAGUCUUCAACCUUCGCGAAGCAGAGGGGGAUGACGUGCUGGACGUAUGGAGGCUGCAGCCGCCGGAAGAAAGCUCCGAACCGUCGGAUCGGCUGGGGCAAUGCUGCACAAUGUAA